UUUUUAUCUCUGUAGAGGAAGGAUAAGGAGAAGAAGAAGAGGAAGGACUUGGGUGCGCCGAUUUGAUAGCAACAGUCUCAUUUCCAGUUUCCAGAAACACAUAAACCGAAGUAUUCCAUUAUUAUCGAAAGGCUCUUUGCGUCUUACUCGACAUAGCUACCUCGAAAUUGGACUUCUCAAUCAUGAGUGUAGCGCCUCUCCCUGGAAUUCAACCUAUCAUCAUGUCGCGGCCACAAGUCGGUAUCGAGCGAUUACCAAGUCGCCGUAUGGGCAACGAGCCACGAGAAGCAAUGAAUUGCAAGUCAUGUCGAAAGCGGAAAAUAAAAUGUAAUCGACUGCGUCCAUCCUGCGAAGCUUGCCAGGUCUUCCAAUGCCCCUGUAUUUACGAUGCUGUACCAAAGAAGAGGGGACCCAAGACAGACGUAUUGGAAGCAUUGCUAAAGAGAGUAGAUGGUUUAGAAGCUCAGCUCAAGGAUCACAAAAAGGGAGAUGCUUUGCCAAGUACGGAGAAGCUUCCACCUAUCAAUACGGACGAAGCAUCUUCUGGUGGCAGACGGGCAGCAGGAGACGAUUCAAACCCCGGGCCGAGGUCAAAGCGUCCAACUCUGGAUAUCUCUCGAGCGACAGAGAUCGCUUCGGAGUCUGCUAUAUAUUCACCUACAAUUGCUAGCGAGCCCUCCCCUGGAGUACAGAUAGAUACGCUCCUUGACACUUACUUUUCACGAUUCCAUGCGAAACCCUACCACAUUCUUGACGAAUCCUCGGUGCGACAACGGCUGCAACUGAAUCAACUACCUGGCCACUUAAUCUACGCCAUCUACUCCGUCGCUGCUAGAUACACAACACAUCCUAGUGGGUGUCAGUCUGCUGCCAAGUUGAGCGAAGAAUAUGCAUUACGAUCGAGAAGUGAGAUUGAUGAGGACGAACCGUCCAUCGAUACUCUUCAAACUCUCCUUCUCCUCGUCACUGCGUUCACGGCAGCAGGAAAGAGUAAAAAAGCAUAUAUGCUCUUAACGAUCGCCAUCGGAAUGGCCAUGGCCCUUGAGUUGCAUCGGGAGGUGGAUCUACAAGCUAGGAUAACAGCUGUAGAACGUGAAAUGAGAAGACGCCUGUUUUGGACUUGCUAUCUCCUCGAUAGAUUCAUGACGUGUGGCUCAAGACGCCCUUGUCUCAUCAGCGACAGGACCAUCCUUCUACGCCUUCCGUGCUGGUCUCCAAAUCCAUCCACUUUACCUGUCGAAGGAGACUUUUUUCAGAACGGGUCGAACCUUCAGCACCUACAAGGGACUGAUAGGAAAUCUCAAGGGAGCAGCGGGAUGCUUAUCGACAUUAGCCGUAUCCUAGGGUUCACAAAUCGCUAUCUUGCAGCGGGAGGUGUCAAAGGUGAUUCCCAUUUCCCCUGGCACGCCCUCUCUGAACUUUCCAAAAUCAGGCAGGAUCUUGAUAUAUGGACCUCGGGGACCGCGGACGUCUUCUCGAGUAUAGAUACUCUCUUUGGACAACCUGAUUCGACUGUUCUUGUUCUCAGCAAACUCGUCUACCACCUAAUCCAUUGUCUAAUUUACCGACCCUUUCUCCCAGUUGACCUUGCGGAGCUGGCUGGAACAGGCCAACAUCAAUCUUGGCAAAUAGAAGCCACGAACAUAUGUUUCUUGCAUGCUAAUGCGAUAGCCGAGCUCGUCGAGCUUGGUAGACAGAUGCCAUCCAUUGAAUGGCCAGCCUUUGUUGGUUAUUGCAUCUGUACAGCAGGCACAGUCCAUAUACACGGAGCACAUUACCAUAAAAAUGGAGGGGGAGAAGCGCUGGGUGUUUUGUCAUCAUCGUCAGAGUUCCUGUCUCGGGAACUACAGCAACUAAGCGAGCUGAGCUACACCUGGGCAAGUGUUCAAUGCCAACGCGAUACUUUACAAAGCAUAUAUAGCGCUCAUGCCGAAUUAGUUAAGGGCCUUGCUAACAAUUCGAUGCGCUAUUCCCCGGCUUUCAAUCUCGAGGGCUUCUUCGACCGCUACUCAAAUAUCAGUCGACCGGGAGGUCGUCCAUUCUCGUUUGACGCUAUGAAUCUAAGCCUUUCAGAUAUUACAACCGGUUUCGCUACGGAUACGUAUCCAGGUCCCGAUUUGUACUCGCCGCGUAUGAAUGGGGAUUUUGAACGACCAAACCUAAAGCGAAAGAAUACUGCUAUUGGUCAAAGGCGGUCCGACAUAAGAAGCCUAACACCAAUAAAUGUAGAAAAUAACAGGCCUCUAACUCCCGGGCUACCUACCCCUGGCGCUCAUCCUCGGCACUUCUCUUUCUCGACAACUCCCCUUGCAUCCUCGAUAGCUCACACAUCCAGCUCGCUGCUUUCCCACAGCACUAGCCAAUCGGUACGGCAAAGACGCGAAACAGUUGACAGCCAGGCUAGUAGCGCCCCCAGCGGUACCGGAGCCGCAGGAGCCGGGUUCAACCCUGUAAACUAUCAACCAUCCCAACAACACAUAGAACCUAUAUCAGCAGUCCCCUUCUCCCCGUCAUACCAAUAUGCAACUCCCAGCCCGAGCGGAGACAAUGAAAGCAGCCUCGGCGUCGCAAGCUACGACCCGAUGUUCGGGACCGUGCCGACCAACACCUUCUCGUCCCCCACGCCGUGGCACGGCGAGGAAGAUCACCACCGCAAGCCGCCGUCGCACUUGACCGCGGCUCCGAGCCCCGGGGCGGGAAGCCACAACGGCAGUCCGGCUGCUACCACUGCUACUACUACUACCACCACUACUACUGCUCCCGGCGAGGACAAGGAUCCGUUCUUGAGCUUGCUGGAACAGCUUGCCGAGAACGAACACGCUAUCGGGCAGGGAAAGGAGCUCGAUUUCUUCUUGGUGGGGGUGCAGGAGUAAGCAGGAUGCUUCAACGCCCCUAUCAAUAUCCCUACCUAGGUUAGGUAUCCUUGAUGAAUUAUAUUCACCCAGGUGUAACAUAGCAUAUGAUUUGGUUUUGUCUGGCAUUGGUCUGUCUUCUGGGGGUUCUUCAUAAGCCAGCGAGCGAGCGUUUUUGGGGUUUUUUUUUUCCUUUUGGAGCGA